AUGAUCCGAAAUUUGCACUUUGAAGUUGCUCUGUUAAAUGACGGGUCUUGGACUACCUAUGAACAAGCCAAAAUUGCAUUAACAAACUACCUGAACGACCACUACGAUGCCAUCAAGCAUAUUCCAGGAGAACUUUUGUACGUAAACCCUAAACAAGUAUCAGCAGUGUCAGCAGUGUCAGCAGUGUCAGUAGUAUCAUCCUUGUCAAUUGAUACUAAUGUGGCCCACAUUCGGAUCUGUGAGCUUCAGGAAGAAUUCCUGGGUCAAAGUGAUGAUGAUGAUGAUGGUGAUGGCGACAAUGAACGGACGUUUACCGCAAAAGAAGAUUUAAAUGGAAAUAAAUCUGUUCAAGAGUUAUUCGGAAUCCAAGAGUCACCGAUUGUGCGACUAGAUCAAGUAGCGCUAAUAUUUCAUAUUUACCGCUAUGCAACUACCAGCCCACCACUUGGUACACAUUCUACGUUAACUGCCCACGGCCCGCCAGUUUGUUGGGGCCGAACACAACAACAACAACAACAGCAACAGCAACAGCAACAGCAACAGCAACAGCAACAGCAACAGCAACAGCAACAGCAACAGCAACAGCAACAGCAACAGCAGCAGCAGCAGCAGCAGCAGUAG